AUGCUGCCCCUCGCGGUCCUUCUGCUGACUCAAUCGUGCCUUUGUUCUUCUCUUUCGCAGUCCUUCUACAUCGAGAACAAGAAUGUUGGCAACAAGGCCGACAGUGAAGACUGGAGAAUUCGCGGCUACAACCCGCUCACCCCACCUGACCUGCUCCAACACGAGAUCCCCCAGACCAAGGAAUCCAAGCGCACUGUCACUGAGAGCCGCAAUGAGGUCGCUUCCGUGGUUCAAGGUACCGACGAGAAGCAGCGGCUGCUGGUCAUCAUAGGGCCAUGCUCGAUACACGACCCUAAGGCGGCGCUCGAGUACUGCGACCUGUUGCUACAGGAGAAAGAGAAACACAAAGAUGAGCUGCUGAUCGUGAUGCGCUCAUACCUCGAGAAGCCCCGCACAACCGUCGGCUGGAAGGGUCUCAUCAACGACCCGGACAUCGACAACAGCUUCAGCAUCAACAAGGGCCUGCGCCUGUCGCGGCAGUUGUUUGUUGACCUGACGUCCAAGGGCAUGCCCAUCGCUAGCGAGAUGCUAGACACCAUAUCCCCACAGUUUCUGGCUGAUGUGCUGUCCUGUGGUGCUGUCGGGGCUAGGACGACGGAGAGUCAGCUACACCGAGAGCUGGCGAGUGGUCUGUCUUUCCCAGUCGGCUUCAAGAAUGGCACGGACGGAUCCUUGGGUGUUGCCAUUGAUGCGAUAGGAGCCGUCAGGCAUCCCCACCACUUCCUAUCUGUCACUAAGCCUGGUGUUGUGGCCAUUGUGGGUACUGUUGGCAAUGAGGAUUGUUUCGUCAUCUUGAGAGGUGGCACCAAGGGAACGAACUACGACGCGAAGAGCAUCGCCGAGGCGAAGGAGGCGCUGCAGAAGGCUGGCGUGCGCGACAGGCUGAUGGUAGACUGCAGUCACGGCAACUCGCUGAAGGACCACAAAAACCAGCCCAAGGUAGCUGCCACGCUAGCAGAGCAGAUUGAGAAGGGCGAAGCUAGCAUCAUGGGUGUCAUGAUCGAGAGUAACAUCAAUGAGGGCAACCAGAAGGUGCCCAAGGAGGGCAAGGAGGGUCUGAAGUACGGUGUGAGCAUCACUGAUGCUUGUAUUGGCUGGGAAGACACUGAGUCUGUUCUUGACGUCCUCGCUCAGGCCGUGAAGAAGAGAAGAGAGGUGCUGUCCCAGAACGCAACGAAGGAGGCUGCAGUGUAG